AACCCUCUAGUGCUCGUUAACCACCUCCAACGCCUCACCCCUACCCCCAACGCCUCACCCCUACCCCCAACGCCUCACCCCUACCUCCAACGCCUCACCCCUACCUCCAACGCCUCACCCCUACCUCCAACGCCUCACCCCUACCUCCAACGCCUCACCCCUACCUCCAACGCCUCACCCCUACCUCCAACGCCUCACCCCUACCCCCAACGCCUCACCCCUACCUCCAACGCCUCACCCCUACCUCCAACGCCUCACCCCUACCCCCAACGCCUCACCCCUACCUCCAACGCCUCACCCCUACCCCCAACGCCUCACCCCUACCUCCAACGCCUCACCCCUACCUCCAACGCCUCACCCCUACCUCCAACGCCUCACCCCUACCCCCAACGCCUCACCCCUACCUCCAACACCUCACUCCUACCCCCAACGCCUCACCCCUACCUCCAACGCCUCACCCCUACCCCCAACGCCUCACCCCUACCUCCAACGCCUCACCCCUACCUCCAACGCCUCACCCCUACCUCCAACGCCUCACCCCUACCCCCAACGCCUCACCCCUACCUCCAACGCCUCACCCCUACCCCCAACGCCUCACCCCUACCUCCAACACCUCACCG